UCAUCAUUAUAUAAACCCAACAAAGUCCAUUUAAUUCCUUAAACCACUAAUAAAGACCUUUAGAAACCUUCAUCAAACAAGAUGCAUUUCAAAACAUACCAAAUCGUUGUCAUUCUUGUCUUCUGUAUCUCUGCUGCUACUUUGGCUUACAACCCUAAAGAAGGAAGAAAAACCCUUGUGAACCAAAUGCCCACUUCUACUCCAGCUGCGGCUACUGGGUCAGCCCAUGGUCCGAACUGGGACUAUAGUUGGGGUUAUGGUUCGAGUCCUGGGAGUGGUUGGGGUUAUGGGUCUGGAUCAGGUCAUUCUGCUAAUGGGUUUGGUAAGGGCUAUGGAUAUGGUUAUGGUACUGGGAGUGGGAGUGGUUCAGGCUCUGGUUCUGGUUCUGGUUAUGGCUAUGGUGGUGGUGGAGCCUAUGGAGGUGGGCAUGGUUUUGGUAGUGGUGGUGGUGGUGGCAGCGAAGGAGGAGGUGGUCCGAACAACCACGGAUAAAGCAGCUGCUGGUGCUGGUGCUGCUGCCUUGUGAAGAAGCCUAUAUAUGUAUGCUUUAAUUAGUAUAUAAUAACUUGAUGGUCCAACAAGGUACAAGUAUGUUAGCAAUUAAUCUUCUAGAUAUGUACUGUACUGGUAUGUGUGUGGUGUGCAAGUGUGGUUGUAAUUGUGUUCAUAUAAUAGAGAUGGUCAAUAUAUAUAUAUAUAUACAUACAUAUAUAUAAGCAUGAUCAUCCUACAUACAUAUAUAUAAGCAUGAUCAUCCUACGUACGUUAUGUUACAAAUUUGAGUGUGUUUUUCCU